CCUCCUCUCAAAGUUGACUAUUCCCCAUGUGUUACGCAAAACCCAUCUCUCUUUCUCUUUCUCUUUCUCUCUUCCAUAUAAACACUUCCCCACCUCUCCAUUCUUCACAACAUACCAACCUUACCAAACCCCCUAUUCCAUUUAUGUAUACUUUAUGUGAAAUAUUUCACGAGAGAACAGAAAGAGUUUUAUCUGUUUUUCACUCAUAAAGUAAUGUCAUUAGCCAUGUCUAUAACCCAUCUGAACCAAUUUCCAACAGAGAAGAUAAUAGAAAAUAGUCAUACUGUUCCACCUUCUAUCUGGAUGGUUGGAUUGGUUCAUUUUUUGUUGCUGCGCUUGAUUUUCUAUUUGUUCAGAAAAUUUGGUAAUUUUUUCUCAAGGUAUCAUUCUUUUAUCCAAUCUCAACUGAACAAUUUGAAAUCUCAGACUGUGAAGAAAGAUCAAGAUUUUGAGCCAUCCAUGAGAUAUCCAAAAACCAAUGAGAAUAUAGACGAUGACGAUGACGAUGAUUAUGAUGAUGGGAGUCUUUGUAGAGACGAGGUAGAGAUGGUGAUGACAAAGUUGGGGAUUUUUUGCCAUCCGGAAGAUGAGAAGCUUCAGGAGAGGUUGGGUUCUGAUGAUGUUACUAACCUGUUUGAUGAAAAGGAGCCGAGUUUGGAGGAGGUGAAGGGAGCUUUCUAUGUGUUUGAUGAGAACAGAGAUGGGUUUAUUGAUGCCAUGGAUUUGCAGAGAGUUCUCUGCGCUUUGGGAUUGAAGGAAGGACUAGAAAUAGAGAAUUGUAGGAUGAUGAUUAGGGAGUUUGAUGAAAAUGAAGAUGAUAGGAUAGAUUUCAUUGAAUUUGUAAAACUUAUGAACAACUAAUUUGUUCUGUUUGUGUUGUUAUGCUUCUCAACAUUAAUUCAUUUGAAGUAGUUUCUGUUGUCACUUUUACUAUCGUGGUUCAUCAAUUUUGGGUCUUGGACCUAGAAACACUCCUGCAGGAAGAACAAAGCACCAUAACUAAACUUCAGUAUAAGGUUCUUUUUUGCUUUGGUCUAGGUUCGGAGUUUGAGUCCGACUCCGGGUUCAGGUCAUGGGUU